AUGCUGAAAUUAACAGCAAACACAACGUCUGCACAGACAAGUCAAACUCCAAUACAACAAAUAAGCACAGGACAUACUGACUCCACUGACGAAGAGUUAACUGUGGCCCAGGAAUUAGAAAAAGAGAUAUGUAAGCCAUGUCACAGAGUGAUCAAAAAAGGCUCUAUAAAUCAUUGGAGUUUGGAGCGACCAAUGGUAAGUGGAGCGGGCCCAGCACCAAAUCAGGCCUACACUGUCGCAUUGUGGCGCGGCCUGUAG